GCCCAUCUCAUUUUGUCUCCACGUCUGGGCUCAAACUCUUUUGCGGACUGUAUCCUUGAAACUUCAAUCUCUAAAAGACCUCGAUCGCAAACAGUUGGAUCAAUCACUUCCUCCAUAUCAAAUUGGAAUUCGAAAUCUCUCCGUCUGUUGAUCCUAAACCAAAAUCAACUGAAAAUGGAACCGAUCGUACCAAUCGCAAUACUUAGUUCUCUGAUUCUCGGAGCUCUGAUCGCUUUUGUAGCCUUUGGUAGCUACUUUCGCAAGAGGAAAUCGGAGGUUGCUUCCAUCGCAAAGCCCGCCGAAGCGGCGGCACCGAAUCUGAAGAAUUCAAAGCCUCAGCAAACUAAGAAAUCUCAGUCCAAGCCUCAUCAUUCACAUGCUGAUAAGGAUUUGAACAAGCGCCAUCACCCAUUAGACUUAAAUACUUUAAAAGGUCAUGGGGAUUCUGUUAAUGGCUUAUGCUUCUCAUCAGAUGGUCAUAGUUUGGCAACUGCUUGUGAUGAUGGUGUAGUCAGAGUAUUUAAGUUGGAUGAUGCUUCAAGUAAAAGCUUUAAGUUUAUGAGAAUUAACCUGCCAGCUGGAGGCCAUCCAACUGCAGUUGCAUUUGUUGAUGAUGCUUAUUCAGUUGUUGUGGCUUCACAAAAUCUUACCGGUGCUAAUUUGUACAUGUAUGGAGAAGACAAGCCAAAAUCUGGUGAUAAUAUUCAACAGUCAAAGCCUGAAAUAAAAUGGGAACACCAUAAUGUUCAUGAUAAAAAGUAUAUCAUCACUUUAUUUGGAACUAAAGCUACUCAUGGUGCUGCUGAUGGAAGUACAAUUAUUGCAUCAAGUUCAGAGGGAACUGAUAUUAAACUUUGGCAUGGCAAAUCUGGAAAGCUGUUAGGAAAUGUUGACACUAAUCAGCUGAAGAACAAUAUGGCUACCAUAUCGCCAGACGGGCGGUUUAUUGCUGCAGCCGCUUUCACAGCUGAUGUGAAGGUGUGGGAGAUAGUGUAUUCAAAGGAUAGUUCAGUGAAAGAGGUGACAAAAGUUAUGCAACUGAAAGGCCAUAAGAGUGCUGUUACAUGGCUAUGCUUUACACCCAACUCGGAACAAAUCAUUACUGCAUCAAAAGAUGGUUCCAUAAGAGUGUGGAACAUUAAUGUUCGGUAUCAUCUUGAUGAGGACCCAAAGACAUUAAAAAGUUUCGAGAUUCCACUUCAUGACUCAAAAGGCAGUGUGUUGAGCUAUGACAGGCUGAGUGUAUCCCCUGAUGGAAAGAUUUUGGCUGCUACUCAUGGUUCAUUGCUACAAUGGCUGUCUGUUGAAACUGGACAAGUAUUAGAAACAGCUGACAAAGCACAUGAUGGUGAUAUCACAGACAUCGCAUGGGCACCUAAACCUAUUUCUGUGGGGGAUAAACGGUUGAGUAUUCUAGCAACAGCUAGUGUUGACAAGAAAGUGAAGUUGUGGGCAGCUCCAGCACUUUGAUAAGUCGAUACUAUGCCACCAAACCAAAGCAAAGCAGUUUGCCAAAGUAGGAAUGCUAUUGAAAGGUUCUAAUUUUAUACUUUUUGGACUUUUGGGAGUGCUUGCUUAUAAAGAUGAAAGAUGGCAUGAGGAAUGAGGAUCCUAUCCUAUGGAAUAGGUUUUAACCAAACCACGAGACUGUUUUCAGAUGAUGAGUUGGCAUGUAAGAGAGGAGAUGCUUGGUCUUUGUCUUUUCGACUACUAUCAAUCUUAACAGAUUUUGUUUAAAAUGACUACAAAGAGUUUGGCAUGUAAUGAUCACACAAGUCAUUACAAGUGCUGCAUGUUUCUUCCUUCUUAUACUUUCUGUGUAGCUAUUUUAUAUCCUUUUAAAUCGUCUUUAGGAGGCUUCA